AUGGCUCCAACCAACAAAACCUGGCACAUCCAACAUCGUGCCAAAACCCAGGCAGCAAUGCAACAAUAUACCUGCCCAGCAGAAACAACUCCCCACCUAGCAACCCUCCUAAGUUUCCCAUCACGCCGCUCCCUCCUGCCAGAACUGCACACAAAAACAAGCAACGAAAUCAUAAACCUAGCAAAAUCAAUCGCAACCUUCGAACCAGUCCGCCUACACGUCCGCCCAGAAGACCUAGCCCACGCGCAAUCACUCCUAAAUGCGAACGAAAAGGCAUCCCCAUACCCAAUAACCCUAAUCGAAGCCCCAACAAACCACGUCUGGAUCCGCGACACAGGCCCAGUCUACGUGCGCGGCGCCCACGACAACGCACGGUACGCAAUCGACUUCCAAUUCUGCGAAUGGGGCCACAAAACGGGCGAAAGGAUCUACGGCAGCAGCGCAUCGCCCGCCGCAGCCCUAGCGCUAGAACAGACGCCCGCAUACGCAGACUGGCCAGUCAUGGACAGCGCAGCCAUGGCGGAGAACACGAAUUUCGCAGCGGCAGUGCUAGAUCUGGAGAACGAGGCUGUGGCUGCUCAGUCUGCGCACGCAAGUCCUGCGCCUGUUACUCGUGUUUCCACGCAUAUUCGUCUUGAAGGUGGUGGGAUUGAGAUUGAUGGCGAAGGGACGUUUAUGGCCACUGAGAGUAGUGUUCUUGGUGCGCCGCGGAAUCCGGGAUUGGGGCGGAAAGAGAUUGAAGGGGAAUUGAGUCGCUUGCUUGGUGUUUCUAAGUUUAUUUGGUUCCCUGGGAGGGUUGGGUUGGAUGUUACGGAUGUGCAUAUUGAUGCCGAGGCAAGGUUUGUACGGCCUGGUGUUGUUGUUGUUUGUCGGCCUCAUGAAAGUGCGGAGAAGGUUCAUUGGGAGGUUUAUGAGGAGAUUCGGGGGGUUUUGAGGGAUAUUGUUGAUGCGCGUGGACGGAAGAUCGAGGUACAUGAUGUUGUUGAGCCGGAUCCUAAGUUUGUGAAGGGGGAUUUGCCUGGUGAGGAGGCUGCGCCGGCGGCUUCGUAUGUUAACUUCUAUUUUGCGAAUGGCGGUUUGGUCAUGCCUGCGUUUGGGGAUGUGGACGCUGAUCAAAAGGCUUUCGAGUUGAUGAAGAGUCUUGUUCCUGAGAGGGUUGUUAAGCAAGUUGCUGUUAACGCCUUGCCGAGGACUGGGGGUGUGUUGCAUUGUGUUACGCAGCAGGUGCUGUGA